GAGCGGAGCAAGUCAUCGCUUUUUUUCCACCACAUUCACUGGGUCUACAAAACUCCACCAUGGAGCUUUAUCCAUGAAAGAAGCACUCUCUCCUUUCUUAUUUGGUCGAACUCACUUAACUGUGGAAACCGUUGCAUGUGUUUGCUGUGCAUCUCUUUAUGUUUUGACUCCUCUGCAUGUUCAGUGCAGAACUGUGCUGAUUUCUGAGCAGCAAUAUCUUAAGAAGCGUCAUGGCAGACACACAUGAACUCAUAGUAGAUGUCCUGCGGGAUUUGACCAAGGAAAAUCUGCGCAUCCUCAGGAGCAUACUGAAUAAUAAAGCUUUGUGUGGGAAAACAAUACCAACAAGCCAACUAGAGAAUGUUAAUGAUCCAUAUGAGAUGGCUGAAAUACUUAAAAGCUACUAUUCAACAGAUGCAACAGAGGUACUUUUGAAAGCGUUGGAGGAUAUUCCCAGAAAAGAUCUUGCCAAACGGCUCCAUGAUAAAAUAAAAGCUGGUAAGGUGAAUGAAUAUGAAGGCCCAAACGAUGAGACGGAUAGUCAGCCAGUGAAGCGAGCAAAAUAUGAUGAAUUGGAACCAUACCUUGAUUUAUACAGUUUUUGGAAGAGGAGUAUAAAUUGAAGACAAGGGAAGAAUUAUUCACUAAAGGUUACAAAUGUCAAUGGUUCUUUUAUGUGCAAUUGUUAGAAAGGUUUAAAUUGGAUAAAAAAGAAUGGGGAUUUCAGCAAGAGGGGACAGAUUUUGAAAAAGAAAUAUGUAUAAAUGAUGAUCAUAUAUGUAUAAAAUGUAUAAACUGUUGUUGAAAUUUGAUACAGAGGAAGAAUCUGUCAAAGAAUGUAUGACAAAAUGGGCAAAGAAUUUUGGGUAUAAUAUACAAAUGCAUCAACGGGAACAUAUGUGGGUUAAGGGCCUCAAAUUUACUUUGUGUUCCACUCUCAUGGAGAAUUUUUACAAAAUGAUGUAUCGGUGGUAUAUGUCUCCAGACAAAAUUGCAAAAAUGGCCAAAGGUGUCUCAAAUAAAUGUUGGAAAUGUGAACAACAGGAAGGAACAUUUUAUCAUUUUUGGUGAACUUGCAACAAAGCAAAAAAAAAUGGUUACAAGGAGAUAUGUUAAUGCAGAGAAUUUUAAAGGUUAAUUUACAGUUUAAACCAGAGUUAUUUGUUGGGAAUUAUGGACAAUAAAUUGGAAAAAGUGGAUGGUAUUUUAGUUUUAUAUAUAGUAACAGCAGCACGGUUCUUGCAUGCUAAAAAAUGGAAGUGCAAGGAGCUACCUACAUUGGAAGAUUGGACUGGAAAGAUGAUGGACUUAGCUGAGAUAGUCAAACUUACAGUGUUAAUUAGAGAUAAAACACUCCCUGUAGUCAUGGCAAAUUAGAAACCCUUUAUGGACUAUCUGCAAGACAUUUGUGGCUUUGAUUUUUAAGAAUAAGGUUCUGAGAUAUCAAGAAGAGACACAGAAAAAAAAUAUUAAUGAGACCACAAACUGAUUGAUAAUAAAGAGGGAAAUGUUGUAGGUGAAAAACUGUAAUGGAUUAAUAAUAUGCCUAUUAUGUUUCUUACUGUUUUUACUU